AUACUCCCAUCGCUCACUCCCGCGCCCAACUGCAUCAGCUUAUGAACCUUACCAACCUCAGCAGCUACGAUCCCUUCGCCGACACCGGCGAAGACGCGCUCCAGGCCGUCGACGCCGCCGCCGCGGAGCAGAAGGCUGCCGCCGCCGCCGCCAAGCAGAAGCAGGGCGGUGCCAUCCACAUUCGCAUCCAGCAGCGCAAUGGCCGCAAGACGCUGACCACGCUGCAGGGCCUGCCCAAGGAGUACGACAGCAAGAAGCUGCUUAAGGCGUUCAAGAAGGAGUUCGCGUGCAACGGCACGCUCGUUGAUGAUGAGGAGAUGGGCCAGGUGAUUCAGCUGCAGGGCGACCAGCGGCAGAAGGUUGCCGGCUUCCUCAUCGAGGAGGGCAUCCCCAAGCAGGAGGUCAAGGUGCACGGCUUCUAAGCUGCGCCUGCAACGGCCGCGCACUUCGGAGGGGCGCAGUCCGGCCGUGGCCGUGGCGGAGCGGCAGUCUGUCGAUCGGUGGACUGCCGUGCGAGGCACUCCUCUGCGAUGUCAGAGCACGGCAGCGAGGCUGCGCGGCGUGCUUCUAGGCCAUCCCUUGCCGCACGACGCCGACGAGGCGUCUACCCCGUGCU